ACACUGUCGUGUUGCUAGCUAACCAUAUAGCUUAGAUAUGUCAGGCAACAGUCUUCCGCCUCUGCGAAAUCUACCCCACUGGUCCCGCGUUGGAUGUCUUGACAAGGCUUGCUUUCCACAACCACGGCCUUGCCCGGUCAACCACCUUGAACCGCUGUCCGAUUCACCCCGUGGGGACAGAGGGGGAGAGGUCUCAUCUCACCGCGAUAUGGAUACUCGCGUUGCAUCGCUUCAGAGGAAUAUUCAGUUCCUGCAACUACAGCACAAGGACACUCUUCAGAAGCUACACGGUGAAAUAGAAGACCUCAGACGGGAAAAUAAAGGUGAGUCAAACCUGUCCUCGUGUCUUUGCUGAUGUUUUUGAUUUCCAAAAGCGUCAUCAUAGGCAGCAGAUUUGAUUCUUGUCAUCUUUGUACAGUAACGUUACUGAGUUAGAAUAGCAUAUACAAUGUAUAGCCUUUCCCCCUUAACUAUACCAAUGCCACCAUUUAAGCUACUGCCUUUCUUUCCCUACAGACUAACAGGCCUACACAUUGGGUAGCCACUAGCCAGCAAUAAUUUGUAUAUGAUCAAGUUUUCUUUAGUGGAAAUCUGUAUCUGUAAUACAUGUCUAAUGUUUGCACGCUUUUUAGCAUGAUAAUCACACAGAUAUCUGAGGAUGAGGCACUGCUGACAGAGGUGACACACUAUAUCCUAGCACUAGUGUUUGAAUGAGGAAAAUGAAAGGAUGGUUAGUAUCUCACCGUGGGAGGCGGUGGAGUGCAGUAUCACUUUACAGAACAGACAAGCUUCUCUAUAUCGCCUCUGCAUCCUACCCCCCACAGAGAUUUUUCAAUCCAUUUAAAAAUAAUCACAUGGGUCCUCUGUCUUCACUCUGUCAGAGCAGCGAGACACAUUGUGCCAAGGUUGCUCAAAGGACUUGUUACAAGAGCUUAUAAACAGCAUGGCAGUUGAGGUAUGCUGUUGCUGCCACCUGUCAUAUGUCUUCUACAUGACCUCCCUUUGACUUUGAUGUUACAGAGCUGCAGUAUAAGCUGAUCAUGGAACCUUCAAAGUCUUGCAGAAAAGGUAGGCUUCAAUCAUCUUUGACAACCUCUACGCUGAAAGGCUAGCUAAGUAGGCAAGGUCUAUAAUCCUCUUGGGACCAAGAAAGCAUUGGAUCUUGGACUUUCAGAUCAGUGGUUGUGUUGUGGUUAGAUAUUACUUUUCGCAACAUCACUUUAAGUUUCCUGUGUGGCGCAUAUGCCUACCUAUUGGGGAAGGUAUUUCUUUAGGAUCAAGCCGCAGGAGCACAAGGCCACCAACACAGGGGAGUGAGGCCCAGAUACAGAGAGGGAUCUACCUGGAGCAACCUUUACAAGACACACGCCCAUCUCAAGACCUAGGGCUCAGGUAAGCAUCCAUACCUCUACCCCCUAGUCCAUCUCCUCCAAUUGUCUUGUCUAAAAACACUUGUUUGACCCCCACGGAAGCAGUAUAGCGGGGGACGGUUGUGUGGCUCACACCUACACUGAGACCGCUGGAGUGGCAAGGCAAGAACACGAGUCAGAGCUGAGGGGAGGCCUCAUCACCUCUCUGCAGCCCCUCCGGAUCCACAGCAGCCCAUCCCAUCCCCCCCGACCCCCCACCCUGCAGGAAUGUGAGGUCAUCAUACGGCAGCUCUACAACGCCAACAGCCUGCAGUCUCAGGAGGUCAGAUAUCCUCAGACACAUUGGUGCUAUUGCACAGUCCCUUAGUAUUGGCCAGCAUAGCUACGGUUUAGAACAAUUCUACUAAAACCGGUCAUUUCGUGCAGCAGACAAAUUAGAUUCUCACAUUGUAAAACCAUAAACUACAUAAACAUUUCUUACAUUUACAAGGGCAUGCAUGAUUUCAGUCAUUUGCCCAAUAGCUAGUUGUUUUCUGGCCAUGUUCUCCAUAACUCAAUGUAAAGUUUACAUGGAGGACUGACUGUGUCAGUGUUUUUUCAGUGAGGUAUCACUGUCCCUGAUGGUUUGUUUCAUAUAGAUUAUACGUGUGAAGGCUGUCCUCCGAGACAUCGUGUUCAACAAGAAAAUCACUCCUGAGAACUACAUCAUGACAAAGGCCUACCUUGCUGAUGGCACCAGGUAAACAGCAGUUUAGUAGGCAUCUUUUUUUACCUGAUUCAGUCAUUUAAAAAUAUAUAUAUAAAUAAAAAAUACAGGUAAAUUGAACAAUACAUUUGACUUCCCUCUCAGCAAGGCAGAUGUAGAGAGGUUUCCUCAACUAGCACUUCAACCACUUCCCAAGAGAAUGUAAGUGAAUCUUUCCUAAUCUCUUAUUUCAUAAACAUUAACAUUGGUAGUGGAACAGCUAUCCUCUAUGUCCCUGUACCCUUUCCAGGUCUGGGAACCAGGCAGGGGUGACAGAGAGGGUGAUCCUCCCAGCCCUCAAACAGCACCUGAGCUCCAGCAUCGCAGAGAGGCAGAAGAGGACCCAGACUGUACAGAGGAGCAGGCUGAGGAGAACAGUGCAUUGAGAAGGACAAACAGUACAGCAGCCCCAGCCAGCACUGCCGAACCAAAGCCUCUUUAACUAAGAUCAGGACCGGCUCCUAUUAUGGCCAUUGAAGGACUUCAAUUACCA